CGCUACAAAAUGGCUGGCUCAGUGCUGGCAGGGAGCAGGGAGGGGCUGGACAUGCCCUUUGUCUCUUUAUGAAAAUUGACCUGCCCCCCGCGCCGCCAUGUCCCAGCAGGCCCUCAGGUCAGGCCUCCCGCAGCUACGGAAGCGGCGUAUCGCUAAGAAGAAGAUGCUGAGACGAGGAACGCCGCUCAAGGAGGGAAACAAUGAGGAGAAGUGUGAGGUCCCCAUCAUGCCAAGCGGGGAGCUGGACAUGUUUGGGCUGGUGGGCGGGGCUGCGGACGCCAGCAGUGCCGGUACCUCCGCCAUGCACCACCACCACCCGCCCUACCACCUCCGCCGCAAGUCCCACAACCUCAUCAUCACCAACUUCAAGAUGGCCGCGGCGGCAGCAGCAGCAGCGGCGGCGGCCACCGUGACGGCGUCCCCCACCACCGCCUCCCCGGCCUGCGUCACGGCGGCCACCGCAGGGCUGCCCACGGCCGCCACCAGCUCCACCCCGGUGCUGUCGCCCACGGCCGCCAUCACCGCCGCCACCGCCUACUGCCCCUCCAUGCUGCCCACACGCAAACGUCCUCGCAGAACUUACUUCACGGGGGAUUCUUCCACAGGGUUGGGUUGUAGUCCUGCGGCACAUUACCUCUUGUAUGAACUUCCUGACGAGGUGCUACUCACCAUUUUUUCUUACCUGUAUGAGAGGGACCUGUGUCACGUAGCACAAGUCUGUAAACGCUUCUACACAAUAGCUAAUGACAAUGAACUAUGGAAAAAUCUGUAUCAAGGUCUUUAUGAGUAUGACCUUCCGCUCUUCAACCCUUCACCAUGCAAGUUUGACUUUGUCCAGCCAGAGGACUGUGAUUAUGAGAACCCCUGGAAGGAAAGCUUCAAGCAGCUCUACCACGGCGUUCAUGUUAGAGAGGACUACCACAAGCAAGGCAGCAAGGAGGUUGGGCGAUCCGUGGCUUACUUCGAGACCAUCCAGGCGGCCUUUGAAUACUGUGAUGACACGGAGCGGCCCCUCGUGCUGAUCCACUCAGGGGUGUACCGGAGCCGCCUCGUCAUAGAGACCAACAUCUCCCUCAUUGGGGCAGCGCCAGGCAAUGUUGCGGAGAACGUCAUACUGGAGCAGGAGAGCGACUCAACGGUGCUCUUCAUGGAGGGCGCACAGAAGGCUUACCUCGGCUACGUCACCAUCAAGUUCUCCCCGCCCAGCUGCACCGAGCCUGUCCCGCACCUCAAACUCUACGCCCUUGAAAUCCAGGAAAACUGCUCCCCGACGAUAGAGCACUGCAUCAUUCGCAGCGUGUCCCACUUGGGGGCGGCUGUGUGUGUGAGUGGGCCGGGAGCCGAGCCAGGGAUACGCCACUGUGAGAUCAGCGACUGCGAGAACGUGGGGCUUAUCAUCAAGGACCGAGCGCAGGGCCAUUACGAGGACAACGAGAUCAGUCGCAACGCACUGGCCGGCAUAUGGGUCAAGGAUUACGCCAACCCCAUCAUGAGGCGUAACCACAUCCACCACGGGAAGGAUGUGGGCAUAUUCUGCUUCGAUGGGGGACAGGGUUAUUUCGAGGCCAAUGACAUCCACAACAACCGCAUCGCUGGCUUUGAGGUGAAGGCCCAGGCUAACCCGACGGUGGUUCGCUGCGAGAUCCACAACGGGCAAACGGGUGGCAUCUACGUCCACGAACACGGAAUGGGGCAGUUUAUCGAGAACAAGAUCCACUCCAACAAGUACGCCGGCGUGUGGAUUACCUCAAACAGCAACCCCACCAUCAGAAGGAACGAAAUCUACAACGGCCUACAGGGUGGAGUGUACAUCUUUGGGGACGGCCGAGGGCUCAUCGAACACAAUAAUAUCUAUGGUAAUGCGCUGGCAGGCAUUCAGAUCCGCACCAACAGCGACCCCAUCGUGCGGCACAACAAGAUCCACGAUGGGCAGCACGGGGGGAUCUAUGUGCACGAGAAGGGGCAGGGCCUCAUAGAAUGCAACGAGGUCUGCAACACGUUAGCUGGCGUCUGGAUCACCACGGGAAGCACCCCGACACUGCGGAGGAAUCGUAUCCACUCGGGUAAGCAGGUUGGGGUGUACUUCUAUGACACGGGCCACGGCUUGCUAGAGGACAAUGACAUCUUCAACCACUUAUACUCAGGAGUACAAAUCAGGACUGGAAGCAACCCCAUCAUCCGUCGUAACAAGAUAUGGGGGGGCCAGAACGGGGGGGUGCUGGUGUACAACGGUGGGCUGGGGCUGCUGGAACAGAACGAGAUAUUCGACAAUGCCAUGGCCGGCGUGUGGAUAAAGACGGAUAGCAACCCCAUCCUGCGGCGGAACAAGAUAUACGAUGGGAGGGAAGCCGGUAUUUGUAUAUUUAAUGGAGGCAAAGGGUUACUAGAGGAAAACGAGAUCUUCCGAAAUGCACAAGCUGGUGUUCUAAUAUCCACGCAGAGCCACCCCACACAGAGCCAUCCCAACCUGCGGCGGAACCAGAUCUACGAUGGGCUGGCAGCGGGCAUUGAAAUAACCAAUAACGCAACGGCAACCUUAGAGCACAACCAAAUAUUCAAUAAUCGUUUUGGUGGUCUUUGUUUAGCAUCGGGAGUGAACCCAAUACAGAGAGGCAACAAGAUCUUCAGCAAUCACGACGCCGUGGAGAAGGCGGUGUCCAGCGGUCAGUGCCUCUACAAGAUCUCCUCCUACACCAGCUUCCCCAUGCACGACUUUUUUCGCUGCCGGACCUGCAACACCACGGAGCGGAAUGCCAUCUGCGUGAACUGCAUCAAGACGUGUCACAACGGCCACGUGGUGGAGUUCAUCCGUCACGACAGGUUCUUCUGUGACUGCGGCGCCGGGACCCUAAACAACCAGUGCCAGCUCCAAGGCGAACCCACGCAGGACACCGACACGCUCUACGACUCUGCCGCGCCCAUUGAAUCACAGUCCCUGAUGGCGGAGGUUUAACUGCCGGCUGAGAGUCUUGUAAUGUGAAGUUUCUAUUUAGACUCUGCCUCCGAUACUCCACCGGCCUUUUGGUUUAUGAUCAGUAUUUAGAAAAGCAGGAUUAGUGUCUCCGUGCACUUGACUUGUAACCAAACACAAAGUAUUGGCAAGUUUCCAUAGACUAUAUUACCCACCUUUGUACUGUGAUUUGUCCACACCACCCAUAGCUAUAUAGUGGAUUAUAUUUCUAUUGCUAUGAACUCCCUGUGGACCCAGGAACAGGAGAUGCUUGAUAUUAUGCAGUACUCUUUGGAAGCAGUCUGCACCAGCUGGAAAUACAGUGAUGUGGAAAACAAAAAUCUCAAGGAAGUGAAUGUAGUCUGAUUUCAUCCUGCUUGACCUUCACAAAAGCCUUUCUUUUAGUAGAGUGACGAUUGAUGUGUAUCACAUCAGAUUAUGAAACGAUGACGUCCGUUCGUUGUCAGAUAUUUCCUGCACAAGGUGGAAAUAUUUCGUAAGUAAAGAUUGCAGACGUUUAUUUUGUGUGGAACCAUUCACGACCCGGCUUGUUUGCGCCAUCAGUGUGAGUGAUGCGGCGGUGACGGUGGUCGGCACAAAUCCAGUGUGGACUAGGCACAAGAAGUGGUUCUCUACCUACAGCGUUUCUUUGCUUACACGAGUACCAGUGAUGUACAUAGUUGCUGUUUGGAUGUGUGAGGGUGUGUAUAUAUGUGUUGAGUACAGGAAACCCAACUGUUCCUUGCCUUUGUCUGCAAGGCAAGGACCAUUUUGCAAUGUUACGAUUGAGUACAGUUCGUAAUUAGGUAUUAAGAUGUUAAGAUUUUUAUAUAAUACAUUAAUCUUUGAAAAAUCAAUAUGCAGUAAUUGUAGUUGUUUCUGAUAAUUUCCCAUGUUUUUUGUUUGGAAGAUCUGUUGUAUUAUUUUGCAUGUGGAGUUAAGUUGCAUUUUAUAAUGUAUUUGUGAGCCUCUAAGGAUAUUUGUUGUAUCAAUUUUGUUAAAAAUUUUAUAUUGCAUUGGAACACUACAGAUAACUGUGAUUAAAACCAAAAUAAAAACUUAGUAUAACUGCACACCACCUGGGAGCCGCCAGGACACUAGCGCAGUGGCUUUCUCCCCAGGCAGCGAUGUCUGUCUCCCUGCUGGCGUAGGUAGGAUAUCUGUGCAGCUUUGUAAAAAAACAAAAAAAAAUGGAUUUAGAUAGUGCCUUUAUUUUUUCAUUCAAGAGUUCAUAUGUCCAACUAAAGGGUCUGAAUCCAUUGUUUCUCUGCAGUUCUCCCCGUGUAACCCAGCUCACAGAACGUUGCCCUGCCCCACCGCAGCUCCCGACUGGUUCACCCAACGCCCCCAUCGCCACCAUUACCCCCUCACCCUCUGCUGCCACCCCUCAUCUUCACGCCCACAUUGUAUCAUCGUCAUCACAUGCUAGCAUAUACGGCAAACCCUCCUCCCUCCAUUCCUUGUAAAGAGCAGUCUGGGAAAACAUAACUUCUUGAGAGAAAAGUUUACCCCAAAGAGUAGACAGAAUAUCCCACCCCUGUGUCUCCCGCCGCCCCAUAUUAACCCCACCACAGCGCCCCGCCUCAGCCCCGUGUCUGAGUGUGGUGGCAGUGACAGGAGGCUGUACCCAGAGCAGAUGUCAGCCAGGGUGGGGGCACUCUUGACUUGGUGUUAUCUCCACCUCCCUGCCCCUCACACCCGCCAUCCCACCGCUACUGAAAGCUCGUGUGUAAGCUCUCAGUUUGCAUUUGUCUCAUUCGCAAUAUCUUGAACGUAGAGACUGGGGCACAUGCCUUCAGGUGCGUCUGCAGAGCAUUAAGUUGUCCUGGGAGUGCUUCCCCGUGGCAAAGAGAAGGGAGUGCGCCCCAACAACCCUGCAGCAAGACACUUGAGGACUGGCCAGCAGCGGCUGUGCAGAAUGUAGCAUCCAUUGCCCACUGGUGGCCUUUAACUAAGUCCAGCUGACCCUGAUCCAUGUGUGAUUGGAUUCCAGUCUUGCAGUUUUGUUUAUUUUUGUUGACACGACUCAUCAUUGUUAUAAAGUUGACAUCUGUCCGGGUUUGUCGCCCCCAGGUGUUCCUUGGUGUAUCCUCCUUAUGUCCCUUCUUGUGGUUCCUCUUACAUACCUCAGACUCCUCCCCUCAGCUGGCUGCAACUGUGUCCCUCCCUAUAUAAGGAUGAUUCCUUAGUAGUAGUAGUGAUGUUACUGUUGCUCAAUGUGCCAUAUGUGUGUUUUAGGUUUUCCUUUCCAUUUUAAGUUCAAAAUGUGUGUCCACGCUAUUAAAUAAAUUUCUUUGUCAAAGUUGAAAAAUUAUGAAGCCCAGAGAAGAUACUCACUUUUGUGUGUUUGGUUCAGUGUGUCUGAGUGUCAUUAGUGGGGAGUGGCUCCAGCUUGUCCCAGUGAACCCGUCUGCCACGAAGGCCAAGCACCAGCUCUGUGAGGGAACGCGUCCUGCUUGGAGACUAAGGAAAGGAAGUGACUGCACAACCAGAAUCUGUAAUACGUUCACACUGAAGUAUUACCCUUGUGUUCAAUUGUGCUUCCAUGAUUAAUGUAAUUGGGCUCCCACUUCCUUAAGUGUCGAAGAAAACAUCUUUACCCGUUUGCAAGAGUUGGAAUUAGCCAGUUAGUAUUGUCGAGAGAUUGAAUCCGCUUUUUUCCUCUUCCCAUCGCUGUCUCAGUCUCCUUUCUCACUUUUGGACACUUUAUACGCCAGUAUGUGUUUGCUUACAUGUUAGUUUACUUCCGCAAGAAAUGAUAAGCAUUCGUUUUAGAAUGUACAUCUUAUUCAUGUGUACUUAGUGUGCAGUUGUAAGACUGAGCAAAUAACUGUGACGGUAAAGAUGCAGACCGAAGAGCUUACCCUCGAGUUUGUAAGCCAAAAAAAGUUUGUUUGGUUUGAAUGUUAUUCUAUUGUUUGGAUUAUUAAGCUGCUAUGCAUUUCAAGUUAGCGAUGUGUUCCCAAGAUUGUGUGUAUUUUGUUGUAUGCUUCCAAGAAUCACCUUGAGCUGCAUAUUUAUAAAGGGACGUUGGUGACUUUGUAUCUUUACUCGACACAGUUGUGUGUAUCCUAAGUCUGCCUGAGUGAGUCAUGCAUAAGACAUUGCCAGUGGUUAGGCUUAAUGGAACUGGUGUAGCGUCAUACUUCAUCCUGAAAAAAACACACAAAUAAAUUUAAUUAUAUUUUCCUGGGUAUGUGGUUGAGUUGGGAGAUGUGUGUUGCAUCUUGUACUCAGCUAAUGAUUGGUGAUCAAACUAGUAUUGAUAUGGUAGCUUUGUGUGGCGUCUGAGGUAAACAUGUAGUGUGUGCAAGUACUAAAAUUGGACUGCAGAAACUGGUCACUAGAGUGUUAGUUGAGUACAAAAUGAAGUUAAAAUGUACCCAGGUCCCUGUUGUACCUCAGGCUGGAGUUUUGUAAGACUUCUGAGUAAAAUAGUUCAUAGGUAAUUGGAAAACCAUGUGUUUUUUACUCUUUGAUAGUGAUAAAGAGAAGUAUAUAUUAUAUAACAAACAAGAGCUUGGCAAGACGUCACUUGUGAAGUGCAAGUCUAGCGAACACAAGCCUGCGGCCGCCUGAACCCGCGGCCGCCGGGCGCGCCUGACCCAGGAAACUACGUCAGGAGUUUACGGAUUAGUUUUAAAGGAAAGAAAAAGUUCAUACAUUGGAACUACUUACUACUGUGAUCCUGUAUUGCCAACUUUGAAAAGAAUAGCGUUUUAUUUUGUAGAGGAGCAGCAAAACAGGCGUAGACAUGCUUUGAAGUUGACUUUAUUUCCUCCGCCAAUGAUGAUAGAUCACUAACUCAGUAUGUGAAAGAUGACAGGCCUCACUUAUUCCACAUAUCGAUGUAGUCUAGGACUUUACUACAGGAGGACAGUUCAGGCCGAGCACCUCAGCUCCAGGACUGUCCGUGAGGCCUUCAGCGGAACUAUUUCAGGGGUCCUCAGAGCGUACAGCAGCGGGGGACCGAGACCGUCAUGAUGUGCACUGUAUAAAGGGCCGAAACAUGUACAUACAAAUAAAAACUCUGAAUCCAA